AGUGAGGGUACUAAUGUGCCUAAACCGACCAUGAACGAACAAAGUGAAGUGAAUUAUCGGGAGAAGAAAUUUUUUAUCCAGUUUAUAGAAAUUGUAGUUAUGGAUUCCCAGGAAGCAGUGCUUCGAGUUUCCAACUCAUCUAAUAUACAAAAAAAUCAAAAGAAAGAACUAUUGCAAAACAAGCCCGAAGGGCGAAUCAAAGAUCAUGGCUCAUCGAGCUUAUUUUCAAAGAAAAUGA